AUGUCGUGGACCCGCGCCACGGAGGAGGACGCGGCACUGCAGUCCUCGCUGGAAGCUCUAACCCACACUGUGGGUCACAUCGAAAACCGCUUCAAGGUCUGCAUUCGCUGCCCGGCGAUCUUCGCAGACAGCGAGGACAUCCGGCAGAACGUCAACCUGCCAGACAAAGCAGGGAUUGCGAAGCGCCUAGCUGACGUCGCCCAAGCCGCGACAAUGGACGAAAGCAAGCAGUGGAGCAAGGUCGAGGAGAAGCACUUCAAGGACGGAAUUGCAAAGCUGGCCGAAGUCCUGCUGGUCAUAUCCAAGGAGCCGCAAACGAUCAAGCACAUUCGUAAAACAGGUGACAACUGGGGCGAGAUCAAAAUGUCCCCGACCUCCACCCUGAACUUCUUGAACGACUACGCCUGCCGCGACGUGCUGAACGUCACCAAAGUUUACAACUCGCCAGACCUGCACAUCCGUCCGCCGCGGCCACCGCAAACGAAGCAGAAGCAGCUGAAAGGAAAGGGGAAAGGGGGUGGCAAGGCGUUACACAACCACGGCAUCCCCCUGAGCGGCCCAAACAGCCUUCCGGUAUCCGCUCUGGAUAACCAGGCGGGCGUGGAGGUCGUGCUUACGAGCCGUCGAGACGCAGAGCGCCGCGCCAAGCGAGAUAGUCGCACUCGCCAUGGCCGGGACAUUUCUACUAUUAGCGAGGGAUGUACCGACAACGUCACCACCUACGGGGGGGUCUCUGGAUCGGGACGCGGAGGUGCAGGGAGAAUCCAGCUCAAGCGGCGACGCUCGGCGAGCCGGGACGGACGCCAAACUGGGCGUACACACGAUUCGCGCCCCCGCCGCGACUCGCGGUACAGGGCCAAGCGCCGGAAGCGGUCGGGGUACGAGGCUGGCGGACAAGGACGGGGUACAUCGGCGCGAGAUGAGUCUCCGCACGACCAAAAGCCGAGCCGCAACAGCUCGCUACGGGCUCCCGCUGAGACCAAUGCGCAAGCAGCCGUUCCGGUGCCUGCCCCCAGGCUCACCACGGAGGACGUGACCAGACUGAUCAAGCGAUUCACGCAGGAGGAGGACGGCUUCGUGGACUCGUUGCAGCUGGCCAUACAACUGCAGCGAAAGCUGAGGAAGACCGGAUGCAGCGAGAAGCGUUGCAGCUUAGCCUGCACGGCGAUCAGUAUGGGCCUAGCGAACAACAGAAAAGAUCUUGACCGGUGCAUUGAGUUAUGCAUAGAGAAUGCAUACAAAGAGGAGUCAUCUUCCUCUGCCAACCAGACUUCCUCCGCUACCAAGUCACAGCAAAGCGCGUGCGGUUCGAGCCAGCCCGUGGCGGCGUCCGGAUCAGAGCAAACCUCCCAGCGAAGCGAGUCCACCGGCGCGAAUGCCGGGCUAGGUGGCGCAGCCGAAAACCCGACCCCCGUUGCAGGCUCCUCCUCGAGCUCCAACUAUGGCGUCGCGGAGAGCUCAGGUGAGGGGGAAGCGGACGACGGGACGGCGAAGUCCACGGGCAUGCCCGAGGAGGGCACGGUCGGGGUGAAGGAGGAGCUCGUAGCCGCGGAGAGGAACGUGACCAACGAGCGCAGCGCGGACGGGCGCAGCUCGGACGCAGCGGCACCCAGUGCCGUCUUCCCGUCUUCCACAGCUGCUACUGCCAACCAGGUCCCGCUCUCAGGCUCUGGCGGCCAAGUCGUCCGCAGCAAGCCCCCCCAAGAAACAAUCGCCCACGCUCGGCAGGGCACAGGGCCUGGCGGCGCCGUUCGGGUCGAGGACGUACAAAAGGUUUUCGACGACCUAGCGGGGCGUGACAACGCACUGAUUACUGUGCCUCUGGCCAACCUGCUCUGGUCAAGAGAAAUGCUAAGCUUCGGCGACGCGCUGAAGAUCGCAGCGGAGGUGGAAAAAGCCAGCGCGUCGAAGGUCGGCUGCCGGGAGUGGAUCGAAGCGGCCGUGGAUGUGGCAAACGGAGAUAAGAUCUUCACCAAGGACGGGCACAUAGCUGAUCGGCCGGCAGAGGCCGGUUUCCAACGGAGUAGCGAAGAGGCACCGCCGCACGUCCCGAUGCUUAACCCCUUCCAGGCCACGCAGGCAACGGCAAUGGCAGUUGCGAUAGAAGAAGCGCGGACCUCAUCUCGCACUGGCACGGGGCCGGGCGGGGUGUACACCAGGGCGGACCUGCAGGCUGUCGUCGACAAUUGCGGCGGUCGGCCGUGCACAAGCGAGGUGUUGGGAUUCCUUCGAUCAACCGGCAAAGUGGCAGAGGCGGACGCUGCCGUCUUCGCCGGGGCCAUUUGCAGAGCGGCAGCGAGCAACAUCGGCUUGGCUGACCUCAUCAGCAAAGCCGUGGAUCUGGCAAACGGCACAGGAGUUAGUGACACGGCCCCCGCGGCGGUCAACGCAGAGCCGGACCUGCACCAAUGCGGCGAGCGCCACAACCCAUCCUCUGCGAGCCAAGUAGCAAUGCCCCCCCCGAAACUUAAGCACGCAGCUGGCAACCAAUACGCGCAGCCAGGCCCCGCCGCGUCUCCUUCUCCAGCCACCACCCUGGAGGCCCAGGGGCACGAGGAGGCAUUUCCGCAAUCGCCAAGGGCUCCUGAUGAUCCGGUAUCUGCCCAAGCACCAACGGGGGGUCACAAAGACAUCGUGCCGGAGCGCGGGAGCUCUUCUUCGGGGGAGUCAGAUGAUUCCGACUCCGACUCGGGAGACAGCGAAAGCAAGGACGCGGUGCAGACGAAGCAAUGCUCCAGCGUGGUAGGCGUUCGCAGCAGCGACGACCGCGGAAACCUGGCGCGUUCGUCGGAAGUAAAGCCGCGCUCUCCACAAGCACGCAACCCGAAGUCAAGCCGGUGCCGAUCGCGCAGUCGCCGCUCCGCCACGAGUAGGCGGAAGGGCGACCACAUCAAGCGGCAGUCCUCGCGGAAGCGAACAAACGGGCACCAGGGUGAUGACAACGACAACCGUGGCAAGAGCCGGCACUCUCGCAGCCGAGACCCCAGCGAGAGGCGGAAACCCUCGCGCGCUCGAAUCAGGAGUCCGCAUGGCAGUCGUCGUUCUGGCAGCAAUGACUCGCGCCGCAAGGAGAAGUCCGUCAGUCGCCAGGGCAGGCGCUACAACGGGCGAAGGAACCGCCGUAAUCAAAAUUGGGGCAACAGAAACUGGCACAACCGAAGCGCGGACUUCGGCAGAGCGGGAAAUCGAAACAGAAGUCACCAUGGGGUCUGGCGUAAAUGA